AUGCCGGACAUGACGUACCUCAGACGCGUGGGCGAUGAGCUGAUCGGUUACCCAGGAAGAACAGACGCGCGUUUCCCGGAGGCACGCGAGUACAUGGACAUCUAUCUCAACAAUAUCGGUGACCCUUAUGCGAGCCCGACCAAUCACAAGCCGAACACCCACACAGAAGAGCGAACGGUGGUUGAAUUUUUUGCCAAAGACAUCUGGGGGUUUGAGGACCCGACCCAACUAUGGGGGUACGUGACGGCGAGCGGCACCGAAGGCAAUCUUCAAGGCUGCUAUAUCGGGCGAGAGAUAUUGGCCGCGAAAAGUGGUGGCGCAAUUCAGCCGAUUCUUUACACCUCAGUCGAAGCACACUAUUCCCUGUUCAAAACCGCGCGGCUGCUCAACCUUCGCAUCGAGAAAAUCGAAACGGACGCCCGAGGGUUCAUGGACAUGCAAGAGUUCGAAAAGGCCUUGGAACGAAACCGGGGUUCCCCCGCAUUGGUUGCCGCCACGAUUGGAACCACCAUGAAAGGCGCGAUUGAUUGGCCGGAGCGCCUGUAUCAGGCGCUGGAGCACACCGGCAUGCGAGACAACUACUACAUGCAUGUAGACGGCGCUCUCAUGGGCAACGUUCUGCCACUUGCACGAGCGGAGGGCUCCGGCGGAAACGGGUUUGAUCUACAGGCGCAGUUAAAGUACGCCCACUCGAUUUCAGUUUCCGGGCACAAGUUUAUGGGGGUUCCCUUUCCGUGUGGUGUUUUUUUGUCGUGGAACCGAGAACACCUGGAGGCCAUCACGCAAGAAGUCCAGUACAUCGGAGGACACGACCUCACGGUCAUGGGAAGCCGUAGCGGUCACUCCGUGUUAUAUUUUCUCGAAGCGAUUAUUCGAGAGGGCAGAGCCGGUUUGGCCGCGGCGGCCCGAUCAUGCUUGCAAAAUGCCCACUACCUGUUGGGCCGUAUGCAAAGGGAGUUUCGCCACCGCCAGCCGUUCCUGAACCCGGAUUCUCUUACGGUGGUGUUCAACUGCCCCAGUGACGCGCUCGUCGAAAAGCAUCAGCUUGCGACAACCACGCCGGCUUGCGGUACUCGCAUAGCGCAUAUUAUCACGGUUGGCCACGUUUCCAAGGCAAAAAUUGACAGGUUCCUGGACGAUCUGAAAGUCGAAGAAGCAACCCGUGAAUACCUGUAG